CAUCUUAUUGUUUACAUAGGCAAAUGCCUUCUGCGUUAGAGCGAAAUUUAUUGUACGGGUAAACAAGCUUAUUUUCUCGGAUUUUGCUGUUUCCAGAUCACCUCAGCAUUAGUUUCCCAAGCAAGUACUAACAGCUGCGCACAGCCCAUCCUUCCUUGCAGUACCGUCUGACAACUUAGGAUUGAAUUUCAAAUAAUUUAUCACAAAUUUCGCCUGUUCAUUCGCUCGAUCGCCUAGAUUACGGGUAGUUGUUUGUGCGACGUUUCACGAGGCGGCCAUUUUGUGCUUGUUCCUGAAAGCAAACGAACCUAGCCAUAAACUGUGGAGAAUUUUCAACUCAGCAAUGGCCAGAAUCCAUCUGUUUAUGUGUAGUUUCCUCGUAUCUCUUGUACUUUCAAGUUCGACUACGACUGUUCAUCCAAGUCUAUCAGUGUCAUCAGUAGUCAAAGCUUCCAGUUCCACUCCAACUUCUGUUCAGUCAGCCGAUCAAACGGAAACUGCAGUAGUUCUUGGUUCCACUCGAGCAACCGUUCAGCCAAGUCCAUCAGCUUCAGCGACAGUCAUAGAUCCCAACAGCAUUCAAGCUACACCAAGCUCAAGCGCUAAUGUUACGCAUUCAACUUCAGUAGCACCUGGAGCAUCGACUACAAAGAAAUUCCAAGCAAGAAUGACAGUGAACGAAACGUAUAAAGCUGGUUUCAACGACUCCAGUUCAACAGAUUUCAAAAUAUUUGCAUAUAACUUUAGUCGAAGUGUAGGAGGAUUCCUAAAUACGGAACUCGACGGUUUUGAACGUGUUGUGGUUAAAGGUCUAGCAAAUGGAAGCGUGGUAGUGGAUUUUGAUAUCGUGGUACAGAAAUCGUCGGAUGCGACAGUGGAUACUAUAGUUCAGGCUCUUAACCGUGGUAAUGGAACAACCCUGGGUUACACUAUUCUUGGAAAGGUCAGCGUCAAUUCAACUGAUCAGCCAUCUACUUCAAGUACUCCGUCUCCAACGGCUACUGUUACAGGAGCAUCGACUACAAAGAAAUUCCAAGCAAGAAUGACAGUGAACGAAACGUAUAAAGCUGGUUUCAACGACUCCAGUUCAACAGAUUUCAAAAUAUUUGCAUAUAACUUUAGUCGAAGUGUAGGAGGAUUCCUAAAUACGGAACUCGACGGUUUUGAACGUGUUGUGGUUAAAGGUCUAGCAAAUGGAAGCGUGGUAGUGGAUUUUGAUAUCGUGGUACAGAAAUCGUCGGAUGCGACAGUGGAUACUAUAGUUCAGGCUCUUAACCGUGGUAAUGGAACAACCCUGGGUUACACUAUUCUUGGAAAGGUCAGCGUCAAUUCAACUGAUCAGCCAUCUACUUCAAGUACUCCGUCUCCAACGGCUACUGUUACAGGAGCAUCGACUACAAAGAAAUUCCAAGCAAGAAUGACAGUGAACGAAACGUAUAAAGCUGGUUUCAACGACUCCAGUUCAACAGAUUUCAAAAUAUUUGCAUAUAACUUUAGUCGAAGUGUAGGAGGAUUCCUAAAUACGGAACUCGACGGUUUUGAACGUGUUGUGGUUAAAGGUCUAGCAAAUGGAAGCGUGGUAGUGGAUUUUGAUAUCGUGGUACAGAAAUCGUCGGAUGCGACAGUGGAUACUAUAGUUCAGGCUCUUAACCGUGGUAAUGGAACAACCCUGGGUUACACUAUUCUUGGAAAGGUCAGCGUCAAUUCAACUGAUCAGCCAUCUACUUCAAGUACUCCGUCUCCAACGGCUACUGUUACAGAAACCCCUUCAACGACUCCAGUGGCAACCGAAAUUUGGGACAAAGCCAUCGACCUGGCCACACCUUUGGGAACAUUCAUUAUUGUUGUGGUUGCCGUGGCUCUUAUUCUCAUCCUUAUUAUUGCUCUGAUCUGCGUCUGUUGUAAAUACGCGAAACUUAAGAAGAAAACUCGCUUUCCUGAGCACAUGAUGAUCAACGAUUCUGGGUGGACGCGAAGCAGUGACGACCUUCUCAUGUGGGAACGAAAUCUGCGUGCUUCAGAAGUAAAACCUACAAACGGCGUUUUGAGCAGACCUGUCAAUGACAAGCGAACUUGAAGCUUAUGCUUUGGUUACAUUUGGGGUCACAGAACAGACGAGGAACAAGUUAAGAUGGACGCUUACAAAGUGGAGUCAAAAAACAAACUUGAAAAGACAGAGUAGAUGACUCUAGCGUGAUAUAUUUAGAGUAGAAUUUUGCAAACAUGAUUUUCAUUAGAGACACAAGCAAGACCAAGUAGCAAAAGACCAAGUAGCAAGAGACCAAGUAGCAAAAGCCAUUGUUUCACCGUGAAAACGGGCUCGACGUAAGCAUUAGCAAAAGCAUCAAAAUAGUUUUAUUUCCCUGUGCUUGCGUUAUGCUUGCACUCCCAUUUUCCUUGUAAAAACAAAUUCUCCCAUGCUUUUGAUCAUGCUUAAGUUGCUCCUUCACCUCCUUAGCUUGAGUCGCUAUCAAUUGUUUUUUUCUUUUUUCAUUAUCGAUUUUUAUUAUUUUAACCCCCAAUAUCCACAUUAAGAUUCUCUAUGCAUUUCUUUUUAGGGCCUCGUAGAAAACGUUUUUAAGUAUCAGUACCACUUUGUACAUUCUUCGAUAUAUUGAGAAAUGGUAAAGAUUGGUGGAUUGAAGAGUAGUAAACAGUUUCACAGAUUCGGUACAGCUUCGAUGCAGAUAGAAAAAUUAAAUGUAAAUACAGUCGAACCUCCACCCAAAAUGUCAAGCCUAGGUGGUCGCUUAUGGGAGGUGGUCGCUUAGGAGAGCUUAGACCAAAAUGGGUCAAAAUUUUUCCUCAUUAAAAUAUGAUAACUGCCAAUGCCGAUGCAGUGUUUUUAUUCAUGUAAGUUUGAGAAAAAAUCCGGUUCUUCCCAUUGAGGCAUUUCUGUUUCUUGUACUAGCCAGGAAUACGAUAAUGUUACAACACUUUAUUGCCUAUCUUUCGCUCCAUUAUCUGUCCUGCGGUCGCUAACGGGAGGUAAAAAACAAAGGAAAAUUUCAGACUUUUAGCUCUAAAAGUGGUCGCUGUCGCUUACGAGAGGCGGUCGCGUACGAGAGGUUCCAAAUAUGGUGAUUUGACUUGGAAACUUUUGGUAUUUUGGAAGACUGGUCGCUGAGGAAAGGUGGUCGCAACCGGAGGUUCGAAUGUAUAUACUUCUAUUUUAUUGGGUUUUGGAGAUAGUACUAGCCGUUUGGUGUACUAUUCCCUCAAACUGAUUUUUCCGAUAAUGAAGUUUUUCAAAAGUGAUUACGAACUAAAUUGUUAACAAUUAUUGUAUGAAUUCGUAAGAGAUAUGGCAACUAUUUUAUAUAGAAAUUUUAUAUCAGACUUUAUUAUUAAUGAUACUGCUUUAUUGGAUGAAAAAACCUUGAUACAUAAUUAUAUUAGGCAGACAUAAUUUGUUUUCAGUGUAGUUGUAAGGCCUGGUUACUACCAAAGCUGAUUUCCCCUUAUCUGGUAAUAAUAGCUAGUCCAAAUAUUUGUUUCUGCAACUACAAAUUACAAUGUGAUCACGGGUUAUGUAUGUAACUAGUUACAAGAAUAAACCAACAAAAUAUGAGACCUAAAGUAUAAUAUAAAUGAAUACAGAUUGCUUAUAGAUUAAUGGUGCCUUCUCACGGAUUCAGUUAUCUAUAUUUCUGUAAGCAACCAGGCUUAUCAAGGCAGUUAUAUUAUUUCAAGCAGAUUUAUAGAAUUAGGUUUUUCUAACGAAGCUGUUGUGCUGCCAGUUCCCCGGGGGAUAAGUGACCACCAAAUGCUAUGAAAGUUUAUAUGCUGGUUUACUCUGAGAUGGUAAUUAUGUAUUUCAAUUUUGUAGCUGUAAGAUAAGGUCAUAGUUAAAAGAGGAAAUGAUUAAGAAGCCCGUUAAACAUCAAGAAGUAAAUAAAUAAGCUAAGAUGUAUGUUGGAAGGUCCUUGACCCUGCACAUCUUUUGUUUUAUGCUCAUAGACUAUGCAUGAAUUAUAUAAUCGCAAUGCCUCUAUUGGUUAGUUGUAUGGACCCCCAUAACCACCUUUUGUAAUUUUCCAGGUUUUGUGCAGGGUCGACCCCCAAAAAUAGACAACAAAAACAUACAACAAAGAACUCUGCCAGUUUCCAUCUAUUAACUAUGGUCACAGAGGUGUAAACUGUAAAUACAGUAAGGUGUUUUUCUAGGUUUGUCUUGUUUAUGGACAGAGAUUACCAGUUUUUAAAUGAUGAGCGAUUCAAAGACUUCACUGUGUACUUUGUAAAGCUAAACGAACUAGAUGUUUUCCACCUGUACUUUGAAGCUUCGACCGGAAUCACAGGUUGUAUUUCCAGUGCGUAGGGGCCCACUUUAGUCGGGUUGGUUAAAGGUUUACUAAAUCACUGUUAACCUAAAGUGAAACCUUUGUCGUUUUGUACUCAUAUAGAAAGUUUCCGAAUAACCGGAAUACUCGAGGUAGAUGUAAUUGUAGUAAUGCCAUCGUCACGUACUCAAUAAAGUACAGUACAUGAACUGAGACACUUAACAGAA